AUGCCGAAACCACGCGCGUCCCAGCGUCCUCAAUCCACCUCUUCCUCCAUCCCCGCGACAUUCACCGACUCCCUCCCCCUCCCUACGGUCAUAGUCUUCGAUCUAGACUAUACACUCUGGCCCUUUUGGGUUGACACGCACGUCUCUGCCCCCGUGAAACCGCAGAACUCAACACCAGGGGCGUUCAAUACUCGCAUGCUUGAUCGGUGGGGAGAACCUUAUGGAUUUUACUCCGAGGUUCCUCAAAUACUGGCUGCCGCACGCGAGAAAGGCAUCGUUAUGAGUUUGGCGAGCAGAACCCACGCGCCAGAUUUGGCACGGGAUAUGCUGAAGGGCCUACAUGUCCCUGCCUCAACGCAAGGUGAAUCUAAAGAGGACCAAGAAACAAAACCGUUGAGGGCUAUUGAUCUAUUCAUCCAUCCACAAAUAUACCCGGGGUCUAAGACAACACACUUUCGACGUCUGCAAACGCAACUCAAGAAAUCACCACCGCCAUCGUCUGCAGUCGGUGGAUCUGGCCAUGGCGGCCAGGGAGGACGGACGAUACCGUUCGACGAGAUGCUCUUUUUCGACGAUGAAGGUAGGAACCGCAAUGUGGAGACAGAAUUGGGGGUUACCUUUUAUCUGGUCCCAGAUGGAGUUGAUAGGGAAGAGGUGGACCGAGGAGUGUGGGAAUGGAGAAAACGAAGAGGAAUCACGUCGAACGACUUGAGGAACGAGGAGCAGAUGGCCGAGUUGGAAGGCUGA